CAGCACCACCUUUUUUUCCUCUCAUGCAAUACCAAAACUGACCCCGCCUGGCAGAGGGACUCUGCUCGGCGAGCAGAGCGGUGCCCGCACCGCCGGCACACCGCGGGAGCCGCCGCUCCCCCCGACCCUCCGCAGCCCCUCCGGGGCACCGCGGCUGCAAGUACCCGCGGCAGGCGCCGGGCUGGGGGGACUCCUCCGGGCGCUGGGGAGCGGUCACUGCCCACGGGCUGUUCCUUUGUCCCAGCCCGGCCGCGACCGUGGGGCGGCGGCGGCGGCGACUGAGAGCGGCCCCCGGAGGGCAUUUCCAGGAGGCAGCGGGGCCGGGACCCGGCAGGAAAUGGAAGGAUGAAGUGUGCAGCCGGAGCGGUGAUGUUCCUUCUCUCCUUGCUUUCCCCUGCAGGAACGUAAUCCGCAAUGCUAGUUCUCAGGUUUCUCAAUGUUGUCGCUCCAGCCUACUUCUUGUGCAUCUCCCUAGUGACCUUCGUCCUCCAGAUCUUUCUCUUCAUCCCCAGCAUGUUCAGAGACCCUUCCACCACCCCACUUUUCUCUCCUGCUCUGCUGCAUGGGGCCCUCUUCCUCUUCCUCUCAGCUAAUGCCUUAGGCAACUACGUCCUUGUGAUCCAGAGCUCCCCCGAGGACUUGGGCAAGGGCUUAAAUUUGGGCAAAGGAUCCGAAGUGGUGGCGGACUGGCUGGAUGGAAGCAGGUCCCCUGGUUCAGCCUUGCCCAGCACUCACUUCUGUAGACUGUGUGCCAGAGUCACCCAGAGGCAUGACCACCACUGUUUCUUCACAGGGAACUGCAUUGGGAGCAGGAACAUGCGAAACUUCAUCAUGUUCUGCCUCUACACCUCCCUGGCUUGCCUCGAUUCCCUGGUGGCAGGCAUGGCUUACAUUUCUGCUGCACUCUCCAUGUCCUUUGCGAACCCUCUGGCCUUCCUCACUCUGCUGCCUCAUUCCAUCAGCCAGUUCUUCUCAGGAGCUCUCCUUAGCUCUGAGAUGUUUGUCAUCCUCAUGCUCUACCUCUGGCUUGGGAUUGGACUGGCCUGCGCUGGCUUCUGCUGCCACCAGAUACUGCUGAUCCUUCGUGGGCAGACGCGGUACCAGGUGCGGAAGGGGAUGGUGGUAAGAGCCCGGCCCUGGAGGGAGAACCUGCAAGAGGUCUUUGGCAAGAGGUGGCUGCUAGGACUACUCAUCCCUGUGCUGAACGUGGGAAGUGACUGCCGUAGGCAGAAAGAGAAAUAAAAUUCCUGGGAACGUGUGUGUGUAUCCCAUGUACACACCACCUUCCCUCUUCUCUCCCACUGUCUCCUGGAUCACUAAAGAGAUGGGCUACUCCAUCUCUCAGGAUUGCAGUCUCCGUGGGAGGAAAUGACUGGCUAUCAAACAGAAUAAAUUUAGCAUAUUAACAAGGAGAUCACAAACCACGUAGAUGAAGAGUUACUGCAGCUUAGUAGUCACAUCAGUGCACCUGCAUAUGUGGCAACAGUCUGUGAACUAGCAGAAAAAUUAGUCAGACCCUUCUGUGGCUUCCUGCCUUACUCCUCCAGCCCCCAGCCUCAUUAGCCACCCUGUAUAGUCCCUAAUGAACCGCAGCAGGAGCUUCAGAGAGCGUGGGCUGUUGUGGUAGACUGCAAAAAGGGUGUCUGUUCCAUAGGAGGGAUUUGCAGGGUGCCUUUUCUGGCUCUUAUAUACUUGAGGUGACUUCAUAGUACUGAGAAGCCUUUAAUGACAGAACUGCAAUGCAAUCAAGCUGCCUAGGAGCAGGAUAUGCACAUGGCUAAUGCGGCAGGCAAACCUCUCCAGAGGCUAGAAAAUCAGGGAGAGAAAGAGAAAUUCAGAAUUUGUCAUUUCUGUUCUUGAUCUGCUCCCUAUGCAAUGGUAAGUCAGGACUGCAGCUCUGCUACUUAUUUUUAGCAGUCCUUUGCCCAAUGACACAGUCCAGGCAGAGCUGCCCUUCUGAUGGGGAACAGCAAGCAGAUAAAUCACAAUCAGACAGAGGCACAAGGAGAGGAAACCGCAAAGGUGAAUGAAAAGGCUGUGUCUGAGAAGCUGUGAAAUGAGGCAGGCUAUGCCUGCCUGGGAGAGAGAGAGAACAAGUGUGGGUACACAGCGAGCUGUCAGGAGGGUGCCAGGAGCCCUGCUGAUGUGUCUGA